GCUCCGGCCUACCGCCCAGGGUAUCAUCUUCCUCCGCCAGCUGCCACCAUAAUAUCCACAAUCGCCUCCAACAAACACCCUCCCAGCUCCCCUGAUACCUCUGUCAAAGCUCUCCAUCUCUUAUCAACUCAUGAGUAUCCACCUUCACCGUGGAAAUGUUCGAAUCAGCUCCAUCGUUUUCACUCCACUAAAACCCUAAUUUAUGACGCUUUCAGUUCAGCCCUCCCCCAAACUAGUGUUUCUCCCUUAACCACACCCCAGCGUCACUCGAAUUCAUCAUAUUCGUUCAAUUCCUCAGCAGUCCUGUUUCAGUUGCUCGCUAAGAAAUUUGUAAAUGCAACCAUCCCCACACGAUCGUGGGUUUCGUUCUAUUCAACAAGAAUAUACAGAGGACCCAUCUCGAGAUCUCUGAGAAAGAGGAUCAAUAAAAGAGCCCGAGCUGCCGCAAAACCUGUUCUGGAUGAAUCGCUUUUUCAGAAACUUAUAUCCCAACUUCCACCAAGAUUCACUCCCGAGGAGCUUCACGAUGUGAUGACGUUGCAAGACGAUCCCUUGGUGUGUUUGGAGCUAUUUAAUUGGGCAUCUCAACAGCACAGGUUUAGACACAACGUGCUCACAUAUCAUGUGGCAAUCAAGAAACUCGGAGCAGCCAAAAUGUACAAGGAGAUGGAUGAUAUUGUUAAUCAGGUUCUAGCUAUUCCUUCAAUUGCUUCAGAGGCUCUGUAUAAUACUAUGAUAUAUUAUUUCACCGAAGCUAGGAAAUUGAUUAGGGCUGUGAACAUAUAUAGACAUAUGUGUGGUUUGAGGAAAUUGGACUGCAGGCCGACCAUAAGGACCUAUAAUAUACUAUUUGCUGCACUUUUGAGCCGGGGGAAGAAUUCGUAUAUCAAUCACGUGUACAUGGAGACUAUACGACUUUUGUUCAGGCAAAUGAUUGAUGAUGGAGUUGAGCCGGAUAUCUUCUGCUUGAAUUGUAUGAUCAAAGGAUAUGUGAUUUCACUUCAUGUGAAUGAUGCUCUCAACAUUUUCCAUCAGAUUGGGGUGGUUUAUAAUUGCCAGCCCAAUUCAUAUUCGUUCAAUUACUUGAUCCACGGGUUGUGCGCCCAAGGCCGGACUAGAAAUGCUAUGGAGAUUUGUGAUAGAAUGAAGGAAAAAGGGUUUGUGCCAAGUAGUAAAUCAUAUAACUCGCUCGUGAAUGCUUUGGUUCUCGGGGGAAAGGUUGAUGAAGCUGUGAAAUUCUUGGAGGAGAUGGUUGAAAACCAAAGGAUAGCGGAUUUCAUCACUUAUCGCACAUUGCUGGAUGAAAUAUCCCGGCGAAAAGGGAAUGGAGAAGCUUUUAAGGUGUUGGAGGAUUUGAGAGAAAAGAAUUUUGUGGAUGGAAAUGAUUACCGAGAGCUUCUGUAUGAACUGGAAGAUAAAACUAAAGAAAUACAAAUCUUUGGGUAUGACAUAGAACUCGAACUGAAGAUGUCAAACUUGUACUCCAUAUCAGAAGUUGAUAUGCAGAACUGGGCACAAUUUGUGACACAGAAGUCCUGUUGUCGAGAGGAUGGUGAUUCCCCAUUAUUUUGUUGGCCAUGAGUAUUCUUCCUAUUUAUUAGAUGUACUUUUCUUUAAAAAUAAUCUUUUUGCUCAUAAUAUGUUCUACAUCGUGGGAGGAUAUAUCAGAAUCGAUUGUUUUGUCAUUUAAUUUGAACUCCUUUUUGGUGUUCGGUACGGAGAAGUGGUGAAAAGGCUUAUGGAUCACAAAUGAUUGCAUGCCUUUCUCCACAGAUUGCACCUUUUUAGAGUCCACAAUUGGAACAGAUGAAAAACAAUCACACGAGUUAUAGUAUUUGGUCCCGGAAGAAUGACGAUUGUGCAAAAUUACAAGGAUCAAUCAAAUUCUGCAGACGUUCUAGGUCAGCGGAGGCUCUCGACUCACGUAAACUUUAUUCAGUACAUUGAAGUGCCAUUGAUACAAAGGUCCGCAGUAGGUGUAGUGGUUGAUUAAUAAUUUACAUUUCCUGAAUAUAUUGUUGAAAUCCUCAUCUACAUUUCUUUUCUUUUUGUAAUUGAAAUUAUUCUUGUGUAUUUGACUAGCCUUGUUUUAAUGACGUUACUUGGUGCAUUUGAUGUUGAACAUCUGAAUUUGAUUACUUGGUAGUUCUGUUCACUUUCAUCUCUGACGCAGUUCAAUUUUAUGCAAAUGUACUGGUACUUAUUUGCUAAUCAAAAUCAAGUAGAAUGCCAGCAUAUUCUAGAAUUGCAUUUGUGUAGUGAAGAGAUAACAUAUCAAGGCUGAGUACCUUUGGUGAAUUUAUUUUCAUUUAGCAUCUCAAGGCAAGUUGGCUAUGAUAGGUUAGGAGGUAUGAAGAUUUAUGAUAAGCUGCGGGAUAAUUUUGUUGGAAAGAAAGUAUUUCAGAGACCUAGAUGUUAGGGGUCUGGUCAAAAUAAAUGAAGUAAACCAUAGCUGAAAGGAGAUUGCAGUGACAAAGCUCAGCUUAUGAAAUUGAGAAUAUGCAAAGUGGGGAAACUUAACAGACUGGCCUGAUGAUUUUCUGUGACAUUCUAGGAUACCAAUUGAAAAUCUCUUUCAGAUAACAUUCUAGGAAAAGUUUUCUGAUGUGUCAUAAGAUCUCAUUGUCUUGCUUGGUCAAUAGCAUGGUUUUAUGUUAUGAAACAUUUUCCUUCUAUUUGCACAUUAUUUAUUUGCUUGGUUGGUGUUUACUUGACUGGACUAAACUAUUGAUAGGAAUGUUUUUUUAUGCACAUGAAUUUCUGACUAGAUUCCACAAGAAAUGAUCAAUGACAUAAAAUUAUGAGUAGAACGUAUAUGAUGUAAAAUGUGAGUCUUCCCAUCAUAUUAAGUCAUUUAUUGAUUCAUAAAAGCAAUCAUGAGAUCAUAAGUUUUGUUUCCAAAGCCCAUGGAAAAUGACUUGGCAUAUGUGGAGCUUUAUGCUCUAAAGUCUAAACUCUUCGAGAAAAUAUUCCUCUUAGUGUGAAAUUCACAAGAUUUGCAGUCUUGUAAAGUUUAAGUAGCUGUAAGACCUGAACUUAGCAUCCUCACAAGAAAAUAUAAAUGCUUUAUGUGCUAUGAAGUGUUGUAUGAGAAACACUCCAGAAAACAAGUAUUAAUUGUUUGUAAAAAAAGGAAGCGUGGGAAGGAACUCUCUAGAUGCUAAUUGAUUUUAUAUAGAAAAAGAGCAGCUUCCGGAAACCAGGAAGAUACUUGGUUAGUUUCAUGCAACUGUGAUGAAAAAAAUUUAUGCCAGGUGAGCUUAUUUAUGUUUUUAUGAACUUAUGGUGUUCCUCCUUUAUCUGGUUAUGACUGAGCUGUAUACAUGGAAUCCUUGUUUUAGCUGUAACUUGUCUAUAUUACUCGUGUCUGUGUUAAGUGUAGUUGGAUGAGAAUGAUGCUUCUUGUAAGGUUAUCGUGUGCAAGCAUUACUUCAUUUUAAUGCUCAUUGGAUGAGAUAUGGAGUGAUGUAUGGGACAAGGAGGAUGUAAAGGUUCAUCAUUUUUUCAUUGGUUUAGAAUUUUAGAUGGCCGUAUGUAUGGCCCAGCACAUUCACAUGUUUUAGCCCUUGAUCCCAUGUUGAAUCUCAAUCGGGUUUAUGCUAUGACUAUUCGGGAGGAACGAAUGCGAACAACUAUUCAUGAGCAAAUCCCAAUCGAGACUCCGAGCUUUGCUACUGGAUAUUUGGCUAGUUUUCUUAAAGAACCAAGCUGUGCUUGGCUCGUUUUCAGUGCUUUUGACGACAAUCAUAAAAAUUCAUCCCAAUUGCCAACUUUUAUUAAUUUCAUGUCCAAUGCGUGAGGGCUUGCUUUUAUGAAGAGGUUAAUAGCAUAUAAUGUUAACAAGUUCACUUUCUAAUAUCCAACACCAUAAACAUAAAGAUAAUUUAAAUCAAAUUUUAAGACUUCAACAUUCAGCCUGUACGAAUUAAUAUUACAAUGUUAAAAUCAAGACCUUUCCAAACCCCAUCUCUAACAUUCAUAUUUAAGUUACAACCGAUUCGCUUCUAACAAACAGCUUGCACAUACAUAAGGCACAAAUCAACUUGUAUAAGUAUAUAAUAACGAUAUUCAUUUUUUUCUUCUUCUUCUUCUUCU